AUGACAACUGAGAAUACACCAAACUCUGCGGAUCCCCCAUCUCCCAUUCAAAGACAUGUCAAGUGGGUGUUGGCACGCACUAAGCAAUAUGGACAGAUGACAUCAAAGUCGGCACAAGAAAUAUCUGAUAAAAUUGCCUCAUUGGAAGAACAAACGAGACAGGGUACCUUUGUCCCCCAUGGUCGUGAAGACAUACUGAACACUGCCAUCGGGCGACCGGAUCAUGGAGGCCGUGUUCGGGCAGCGGGGUUUGGGGUCACAAUAAGUCAAUACUUUGGAAGGGCAGCACGUGGCUCCAGUUGUUCAUCAGGGUCGAUCAGCCAAGUACAAAUGGCUGAAAUAAUUGGAGGCCUACAGGAACAGUGGAAAAAUGAAAUACAGGUAUUGAAAGAUGAGUUGAAGGAACAAAUCAUACUUGAGAUGUCGCAGAGGGGAUCGUUGAUCCCAACACAUAUUCAGCCAGAUAUACAUGGGUUAAGAGCACGAGUGAGCACAAAAGGGAGCAAUGCGGAGAGUGUUCUCAACCCAUGUCUGCCUAAUGAUGUUGCUCCUGUCGAACCCCUUAUGGGGUUGUAUGUGCAACACCAAGAUUCAAUUGAGUUGGUGGCCUUGGGAAAAACAUAUGAUGGAGGCUCGACCAUACACAAUGUGGCUUAUGCAGACGAUGUCGUAAGGGUUAGUGUUGAGCAAGUUAUUGACGGUGACGCUGAGGUCCCAUUCCCAGCAUCAGAGAUUAAGUGUGUCAGGCAGGCCCUUCACACAUUCAUUGCAUGGCCAACACCACUUGUUAAAAAAAUCUUUAUUGAGAUGACCCCUUGCGCGAGUUGA